GUGACUGUCCAUGUUUACAAUUGGGAAUUUACCAAUUUAUCUUCGAAUAAUCUGGUAAAAUGCUUCAAAAUGUUUGUCGCGUGUGUGCCAGCAGUACGGAUGACUCGAAGUCGCUUAAGCUAUUCAACAACAGUGCACAGAAGGUCUUGCAACAAAUUAAAUUACUCACCGGUGUUCUGCUCCAAUGUGAUCCCGAACUACCCGACUGGAUGUGCGAGUCCUGUCAAUCGGACCUACAGAACGCCAUUUCAUUUCGGGAUCGCUGCCUGAGUAGUCAGAAAAUCUUUGAGGAGUCUGUGGUUAGGAGAGAAGAAACCACGUCCCGUUCCUCUGUUCGCCGCAGUGCCCGAUCACAAAAAACUCGUCAUGAAGAGCCCACUCAAAAGGACCCGCCCAGUCCUCUGGAGGUUAUGAUCAAGUUGGAGAACCUGAGCAACGGCGACGAAGAGGACGAUGGCAUCGAUCACCUAGAUUCCUGCAAUGAAGCGGAUAUGGAGUUCAUCAAGGAGAUGCCCUCAUCUUCAGAGGAACCCGCUUCGCCGAUCAGGGUGAAAAGAACCCGCCGUCGGGGUCUUAAGAAAGGCGGGAAAGGAGAGAAGCGCGUCAAGGUUCCGCUCCCGAUUUUUUUCUGCGAUCAAUGCGGCAACAAUAUCACCGGCAAAUCUUCUUUCGAUCGACACCUGCGCAAGCACAGCGGCAUAAGACCCUUCCAGUGCGAAUUAUGUCCCGCCCGUUUUCUUUCCUCCGGCGAGCUGAAAAGCCACCAGGUGAUGCACACUGGAGAUCGGAAAUUUCCGUGUCGCUACUGUGACCGCACUUAUGUCAACUACAGUGGACGCCUGCGUCACGAAAGGACCCACACAAAUGAUCGACCAUUUGUUUGUGCCCAGUGCGGGAAGAGUUUCACCAAUUCGUACAUUCUUAAGAACCACAUGCUUAUUCACACAGGGGAGCGCUUGUUUAGAUGCGAGCUGUGCCAUCGGUCUUUUGCACGGCCUACCCACCUGAAGACACAUUACCGCUCCAACACCCACAAGCACAACGUGGAGAAGGCAAAGGCAGAAUCGGGAGAAAUCCAGCAGGCACUACCUAAACCAGCGGAUCAAGACAAAUUCGAAACGGAAACCGUGCCAGAAGCGGAGGCUAAUGCCUUUACGAUACAAGUGUCCUUGCCUGUGGAGCAGGAACAGGAUUCGUCGUUGGAUUUGGCAGCUCUGGAAACAUCCACUCUGAUGUACAGUACAAAUUAGACCAUUACCGAACCAAACUCAAUUUAUAAAAAGCCAAAAAAAGUUAAUGUACAAGUAUUUAUUUAAAUUAUAGUGUAAGAGAGUCCUAAGUAC